ACCAUAUCCAACCCGACCCACAAACCCGUUUUUCUGUAGGGGCCGAUGAAGUCUCGUGAUUGACUCUUUGUCGCUUUCUCAGAAAACAACUUUACAUUACCACCCCUAAAUCGACACCGUUUAGCACCCCGACCCCCACCCCCACCCCCACCCCCACGUACCCCCACUACCCCACACCACCCACCAUCCUACCUGGUUUGCAUUAGCUGGCAUCACCCUUCACAGUUUGCUGCGUACUGAAAAAACUCAUUACUACUACUUACCUUAUACUACUACUUACUAUACUUGUUCUUGUUCUUAUCACAAAGUUUUUUUUGGGGGGGAUAAUCUAUUGAAAUUGGCAUUUGGGUUUUUCAAGAUUGAGUAAAAUGAGAAUUGGGUUGACUUCAAUUUUGAAUUUUAGUUGACUCAUUCAUAGAUCCAUCUAUUUCAACCAAACCCACCUUCAAGGUGCAACUUGGUUUAUCCAAAGCUAGUAUAGCAUGGGUGUCUCAGGCAAAUGGAUUAGAGCUCUUGUCGGUUUAAAGAAACAAGAAAAGUCUCAUUCUGCAGAAAAAGAUGAAAAUAAAUCAGGAGGGACCGGAAAGUUUUGGCACCGGAGAAAACACUCUGUUGAGAUCGAUUCCAACCUACUUCAAAAGGAGCUAAAUUAUAAUGAUGCUGUUGCUGGAUCUGUUGAAGUUAUCAGCAGCUCAUCAGUUCCAGUUGCUUUCAGCUCCCCUUCAAGUUCACAUCAAUUGUAUCAUGCCCCUCAAGUUAAGCAAAGUAUGAAAGAAGAGUUGGCAGCUAUACGCAUCCAAACAGCUUUCAGAGGAUUUCUGGCAAGGCGAGCUCUUAGGGCUCUAAAAGGAUUGGUGAGACUACAAGCUCUUGUCAGGGGUCAUGCGGUGAGAAAGCAGGCUGCGAUUACCCUCCGUUGCAUGCAAGCUUUGGUGAGAGUUCAGGCACGUGUCCGAGCAAGACGUGUUCGCAUGUCACUGGAAAGUCAAACUGAACAGCAGAAGCUUGAACAACAACUGGAACAUGAGGCUCGCGUUCGGGAGAUCGAAGAUGGCUGGUGUGACAGUAUUGGAUCUGUUGAGCAAAUUCAAGAAAAGUUGCUAAAGAGACAAGAGGCAGCUGCUAAGCGUGAAAGAGCAAUGGCCUAUGCUUUAGCUCACCAAUGGCAGGCAGGAUCGAGGCAACAGACUACACAUUCGGGGUUUGAACCAGAUAAAAGCAGCUGGGGUUGGAACUGGUUAGAGAGAUGGAUGGCAGUACGCCCAUGGGAAAAUCGCUUUCUAGACAUUAAUGUUCGAGAUGGAGUCGUGCCUAAUGAAAAUGACUCAGCUGAUCCCGUGAAUGGGAUAAAGAACCAGGUAAAAUUUGCUGGAAAGAAACCAACAACUUCCAAUCUUGCAAAUGAUAGAGCCGGUCCAUCUCAUUCAAGCAGCAACUCCAAAUCAAAUGAAAAGGCAGCUGCAUCUCUCUCUGAUGGCUGCAGUUCUUCCCCAAAUGUGUCAGCAAGCACACAAGAAACACCUGCAGCAUUAGUUAACAAACCAAAGUCUAAACCGCAUCUUGAAGAUUUAGUCGAGGAAGCUAGUUCAAGACCUGCCGUUGGUUCUAGAUCACGCAGCAAUCCUAAGGAGAGGUCUACUCCCUCUGAUAAACAAGGAAAACCAAGAUUGUCUCUGCCUAGCAGCGGUCUCGCACCUCAAUCAGCCAGACAGCCCAGCAGAACUGUUAAAAAGGCAUCUAGUGCGCAGAAGCCUUUGAAGGAGAAGUCCAGAUUAAACGGAAGCGAUACCAAGUCUACAGAACCUGUUUCGCAACAGGCUGCUGAUUAGUUUCUUAGGUACUCGUUGAAGAUCCCGAUCUCAGAUCCAAGUGUCGCCCUUGCUUGUAAAUACAGGGAACCUUCUUAAAGGAGGUGGAAUGUUCUUCUAUAGAGACGUGCCCGUGGCAGAGUUGAAGAGACAGACAGGCUUGCUGAUAUCUCCUGAAUAAUAUCUUGGCUUUCGUUUCAAUUCUUGUCGUAAUUAUUGUUGUCAUAUAUAAUACUAGUGAGUUUGAUUGCCUCUUUCUUUGUUGAACUGUACAAGUUGUGGAUGUAGCAUUCAUUCAUUAAUGUUAGAGAUUGUAGACCA